AUGGAGAGGAUAGACCAUGACAUCACAAAGGGGUGCAGAAGCCACUGCAAAAAAUCACAGAGGCAAAGGCACAAACUGACAGAUCCCCUCAGAGUCCACACUGGGGAACGGCCCUACACAUGUAGAGAAUGUGGGAAGAGCUUCAGGGAGAACUCCAACCUGAUCAAACACAAGCGUACCCACACUGGGGAAAGACCCUUCAAGUGUGGGGAAUGUGGGAAGAGCUUCAGUUACAGCUCCACCCUCCGCAAGCACCAGCUCAUCCACACUGGGGAACGGCCCUACACAUGUAGGGAAUGUGGGAAGAGCUUCAGGGACAGCUCCACCCUGAUCCCACACCAGCGCAUCCACACUGGGAAACAGCCCUACAAGUGCUUGGAAUGUGGGAAGAGCUUCCGGCACAACUCCAGCAUGAUCAGACACCAGCGUAUCCACACUGGGGAACGACCCUACAAGUGUGGGGAAUGUGGGAAGAGCUUUAGGGACAGCUCCCACCUCCACACCCACCAGCUCAUCCACACUGGGGAACGGCCCUACAAGUGCUUGCAAUGUGGGAAGAGGUUUCAGAGCAGCUCCAAUCUCCUCCUGCAUGAGCGGACACACACAGAGGAGAGGCCCUUCCGCUGCACCGACUGCGGGAAGGGCUUCAAACACAACUCCCACCUCGUCACCCACCGGCGCAUCCACACUGGGGAGAGGCCCUACAAGUGUGGGGAGUGUGGGAAGAGCUUCUCCCACAGCUCUACCUUGACCUAUCACCAACGGACCCACCAGUAAGGGAAGACCCUACGAAUGCCCCGACUGCAGGGAGAGCUUCAGCUGCUGCUCCC